ACGCCAUCGCCAGUCGCCACGCCACGGUAGUCGCGCGCCGACCGCGCAGCGCAUCGCACGACCGUGAUGACACAGUGAGUGACAGUGACAAUGGUGACCGGUGUCGGGCAGCCGGCCGUGCCGGAGAAAAAAGCAGAGAAUAGGAGGAGCAAUAAGCCGAUAAUGGAGAAGAGGAGACGGGCGCGUAUCAAUAAUUGUCUCAACGAACUGAAGGCGCUCAUAUUGGAUGCCAUGAAAAAGGACCCGGCCAGACACUCGAAGCUCGAAAAGGCCGACAUCCUCGAGAUGACCGUGAAGCAUCUGGAAGGUCUCCGCACCGAGGCGGCCCCGGACCGGUUCCGUGCUGGCUACCGGCACUGCCUGUCCGAGGUCUCCCGGUUCCCGGGCCUGGAGGCCGGGUUGAGGAAGCGGCUGAUGAAGCAUUUGGAAGGGCACGUGGAGGCAAGGCCGCCGGGAGCGCCGACGCCGCCGUCUGAUGCGGAGGACGCCGCUGUACCGCAUUCAACUAUUUUAAUAUCAGCAGGCCCUGGCUCCGGAGUGCGCCUCGUUCCAACGCGCCUCUCCAAUGGCGACAUAGCCCUGAUCCUCCCUGCCGGCGUCAGCGCCAACGCUCUAGGAGCUGUUCCGAACCUCGUCCCCCUCUCCCCUCGAGCGUCCUCCGCCUCUUCAGAACCCAGGUGCUUCUCGCCAGCCAGCUCUGGUUGGGGCUCGCCUCCACCUGCAGAUGAUCCAGCGCCGUUAGCUUUAGUUACCAGGAAGGCUACGGAGGAUAAACCGUGGAGACCGUGGUGACGGUUUUUUGUAACGCUCCCUUUUUGAGAAUUCU